UGGUUUCUUUCUCGCUUUUGGUCAUUUCGGUCGCCUUUUUUUUUAUUUUUCUUCUUUCUUCAACUUCUCUCUGUCUCUCACUCGUCUCUUGGUUUCUGAAGUGGGUUUUGGGCUUUUAAACUUCUGGGUCUAUUCAUUUCAUUUCUCUCUUUUAGUGAACUUCAAAAGGGUGGUGUUGCAGGGUUUUUCUUCACUCUAAUGCUUGCCAUUUGAUUUUCUUCUCCAGAUUGUUCUCUGGCUCCUUUUUGCUUCUGGGUUUCUGUGUUUUCUGUCGCAGUUUGAGUCUCUCCCUACCUCUCCUUAUCACACUAAACAUCUAUCCGGGUGUUUUCUAUCUGUUUUUGCUUGCGGUGAUCUGAGGGAUUUGGACUUUGCGUUGUGCGGAUAUUUCGCUUUUGUUGUGCGUAGAGGUUAAUUUGUUGUUGCUUUUAGAGUAAGAGGAGGAGAAGAAGAGAAACCAUGGCGGGUGGUGGUGGUGGAGCGGCGCCGCCGCCGAAACAGGACGAGUUGCAACCACAUCCGGUCAAGGAUCAGUUGCCCAAUAUUGCUUACUGCAUUACAAGUCCUCCUCCGUGGCCGGAGGCCAUCCUGCUUGGUUUCCAACAUUACCUUGUUAUGCUGGGCACAACAGUUAUUAUUCCCACUGCUCUUGUUCCCCAGAUGGGUGGGGGAAAUGAGGAGAAAGCAAAGGUGAUCCAGACACUGCUAUUUGUUGCUGGAUUGAACACACUGUUCCAAACAUUGUUUGGAACCCGAUUACCUGCAGUUAUUGGAGGGUCUUAUACCUUCGUGGCACCCACCAUUUCAAUAAUUUUGGCUGGACGACACAAUGAUACUGUGGACCCCCAUGCAAAAUUUGAGCGCAUUAUGCGAGCAAUCCAGGGGUCCCUUAUUGUUGCAUCAACUCUUCAGAUUGUCAUUGGUUUCAGCGGUCUUUGGCGCAACAUCACAAGGUUCUUAAGUCCACUUUCAGCCGUACCCUUGGUAGCUCUAGCUGGGUUUGGACUAUAUGAGCUUGGUUUUCCUGGGGUCGCUAAAUGUGUGGAAAUUGGACUGCCACAGCUCAUCCUGCUUGUAAUUUUCUCACAGUAUAUUCCCCAUGUGAUUCGAACAGAGAGGCAUGUCUUUGAUCGAUUUGCUGUUUUCUUCUCAGUCAUAAUUGUGUGGGUUUAUGCUCACCUCCUCACUGUAGGUGGGGCCUAUAAGAAUGCAGGGCACAAUACUCAACAAACUUGCCGCACCGAUCGUUCUGGUCUCGUGGAAGCCGCUCCAUGGAUAAGAGUUCCUUAUCCAUUUCAGUGGGGGGCACCAACAUUUGAUGCAGGUGAAGCCUUCGCUAUGAUGGCCGCCUCAUUUGUUGCCCUUGUUGAGUCCACUGGUGCUUUCAUUGCGGUAUCAAGGUAUGCAAGUGCAACUCCCUUGCCACCUUCUAUUCUAAGCCGUGGAGUUGGUUGGCAGGGUGUUGGAAUUCUGUUUUCUGGUAUAUUUGGAACUGUAAAUGGAUCAUCUGUAUCUGUCGAGAAUGCUGGUUUAUUGGCUUUGACACGUGUUGGCAGCCGAAGGGUUGUCCAAAUAUCAGCUGGAUUUAUGAUAUUCUUUUCUGUCCUGGGAAAAUUUGGAGCAGUAUUUGCAUCUAUUCCUGCCCCAAUCAUUGCUGCCUUCUAUUGCUUGUUCUUUGCUUAUGUUGGCUCGGCAGGUCUAAGCUUCCUUCAGUUCUGCAACCUCAAUAGCUUCAGAACAAAGUUCAUAUUAGGCUUCUCGUUUUUCAUGGGCUUAUCCGUGCCACAAUACUUCAACGAGUAUACAGCAGUAAAUGGCUAUGGGCCAGUUCACACACGAGCGAGAUGGUUCAAUGACAUCAUCAAUGUACCCUUCUCCUCGGAGGCGUUUGUAGCCGGCAUCUUGGCACUGUUCUUGGACAUCACGUUGCAUAGGAAGGACAGUGCAACUAGGAAAGAUAGUGGCAUGCACUGGUGGGUCAAGUUCCGGUCCUUCAAGACAGACACCAGGAGUGAGGAAUUCUACUCUCUGCCCUUCAACCUCAACAAGUUCUUCCCUUCAGUGUGAUCUUCUCUUCUGUGGGAUGCGUUCGCAGGUCUGUAAUGAAGUCAUGCUCCCCUCCAUAAAUGUCUUUUGGGGGUGGGGGGAAUUCUACAUUUCUACUCCCUCCCUCUGCCUCGUUUGUCUUCUCCACUCUAUUCUGAUGAUGGAAACCCGGAUGGUAUAUUCGAAUCUUAAGCCAAUUAAUUACACGAUGCCUACGACUACGGACAUUUUGUUUCCUUCUUUUCUUUGAAUUAUUAUAUUUAUUUUUAUUUCUUGUAAAUCCAAAUAGUUUAAAAUGGAUUUGAAGUGGGUAAAGAAACAAAUUUAGUACUUGUAAUCUUGUAAUUGAUUCUCUCUACUUUUAUUUGAGCUUUUGUGUACUUGUGGCGUUGAA